GGGUCGUUUCGUCACGCAGAGCCCGGAGCGCGAGCGGGGCUGAGGCUGUGGCUGAGCUGGCGACGGCAGCGGGAACCUGCAUGAUCUAUCUACAGAUAUAAUACACACAUAUAUAAUCACGUAAACUCCAGCUGUUCCGCGCAAAGCAGAAUAUCCACAAUGGCAGAGUUGGAGGAUCUGGUAGAACGUUUGGAGAAGUCUGUCGAAAGAUUGGAGUUGGCAUCUUUAAAAAUACCUGGCGCGCGGUCCCCAGGAUCUGAUGCCAUGAAUGGAGACAAUGGAGGUAACUAUAUGGCACCGUACGUGGAGGCGUUCGACAUGGUGCUGAUGGGGGCUGUUGCAGACUAUAUGAAGCACAGCAACGUCAUCGGGGAAGAUGUGGCGCAGCAUGCAGAGGUAUUUAAGGCAGCGUUUGUUGCCCAGAGAACCUUCCUGAUGAUGGCCUGUAAGCACCAGCAGCCCCUAGAGCAUGAGAUGGGUGUACUCCUCAAACCCAUGUCUGAUAAAAUGCAGGUGAUUCAGGACUUUCGGGAGAAGAACCGUGGUAGCAAGCUGUUCAACCACCUGUCGGCUGUGAGUGAGAGUGUCGCAGCUCUGGGCUGGGUCGCCGUGACUCCGAAGCCUGGACCCUUUGUCAAGGAGAUGAACGAUGCUGCCACCUUCUAUACUAACAGAGUGUUAAAGGAGUUCAAGGAAUCUGACAGAAGACAUGUAGAAUGGGUCAAAUCCUUCCUCAGAAUCUGGACAGAGCUGCAGGCCUACAUCAAGGAGUACCACACCGCUGGACUCUCGUGGAAUAAGUCUGGUCUCAUAACACCUGGGAUGUCCCCUGGGGCGUGUCCACUGGCCCCACCACCGCCCCCUCCUGGUCCGCCUCCGAUACUGCAGUCAGAAACAGCGAAGGACGAGAGUCAUUCCCAGCUCUUCGCCCAGCUGAACCAAGGGGAAGGCAUUACUAGGGGUCUCCGCCACGUCGCCGAUGACCAGAAGACCCACAAGAACCCCAAUCUCCGUUGGCAGAGCGGGCAAGUAAACUCACCAUCCAAGACUUGCGCGGAUAGUCCCACAUCUCCCAUGUCCCCUCCACAACAGCCACGGACACCUCUGCUGGAGCUGGAAGGAAAGAAAUGGAGAGUGGAAUAUCAAGAGAAUGAAAGAAGCCUGGUCAUUUCCGAGGCAGAACUGAAACACGUUGCCUACGUCUAUAAAUGCAACAACUCUGUCAUUAAAAUUCAAGGCAAAAUCAAUUCCAUUACCAUAGAUUCCUGUAAAAAGCUUGGCCUUGUGUUUGAAAACGUGGUGGGAAUUGUCGAAAUCAUCAAUUCACGGAAUGUGGAGGUUCAGGUGCUGUGCAAAGUGCCGACUAUAUCCAUCAAUAAAACGGAGGGCUGCCACAUAUACCUCAGUGAAGAGUCUUUAGGAUGCGAGAUAAUCAGUGCCAAGUCUUCUGAAAUGAACAUCCUAAUUCCUCGAGGGGAAGACUAUAAAGAGUAUCCAGUUCCUGAACAGUUCAAGACCACAUGGGAUGGGACAAAGCUCUGCACCGAAGCGGCAGAAAACGUUGGCUAACUGCUCACUUGAGGAGCUGCUCCACCAUUGACGCGUGGGGUUCUAGAGAUACCAAUUCACCAUAAUGCAAUUGAACACUCUUUGCAACCACAGCAUACCACACUACAGUAGUCAGAUACCUUGCAGUUACUGCUUCACAAGUAGGGGUGCAACGAUCAGCAGUCUUUCUGGCUCUGUACGUCUUUAGUCACCCAAGAGUUACAAUACACGUGACAAUUGCCACCUUUGUACCUAAAUGCGCUUAGUUUGACAUCAUCUCACCUGAAUCUUUCACAAGUUUAAACCACAGUAUUUUUCAGUUCAUUGGGAAUUAGUUAUUGGAACUCUUGAUUAUAUAAUUGUGCAUCUCAAUUGCCAUUGUUCUUUGUAAACGGGGGGGGGGGGGGGGGAAGAAAGUCAGACUUGUCCGAUUUUUAAAAGAAAAUGUCUCAAGUUUAUUCCAAAAUCAGCAAAAACUUUAUAGAGUGAUUGCAGUGCAAUAGUUUCAAUUAAACUUCCAUAUAUCUUCCUUUAUAUCCCAGUGCCAAUACUGUGGAACAUUUUGCCUUACUUUCUUCGUCAGGCUAUAUGUUGUCCUUUUUAGGAAAGUAAUUGGACAUCAAGUUGUUUUUAAACCAAUCACCAUUAUAUUUUGAAAAUACAUUUGGUUUUAUCAGUUAUGCUUCAUCUAUAUUAACCGUAGAUUUUUUGACCAAUGCUAUCAAACUAGUUUUUUGACCAACUCAAAUCAAACCUCAAUUUGUAUCAGGGAGGAGGACUCUACAUUUACGUAACUUGAUAACAUUUCUUGAUUAGUGCGGGUGUCAAAGGUUAUGGGGAGAAGGCAAGAGAAUGGGGUGAGGAGAGAUAGAUCAGCCAUGAUUGAAUGGCGGAGUAGACUUGAUGGGCCGAAUGGCCUAAUUCUACUCCUAUUCCUUGUGACAUAACGAACUAACAUAGGUUUUAGGAGUAGAAUUAGGCCAUUUGGCCCGUCAAUUCUACUCCGCCAUUCAAUCAUGGCUGAUCUAUCUUUCCCACUCAAACCCAUUCUCCUGCCUUCUCCCCAUAACCCCCAACUCCCUUUUCUGCCUUUACUUAAGGUGUCCGCAUGAUGUGAUGUAGGCAGAAGCAGAACCCGUAAAAGUAACUGUGAAGUCUUUUCCUUCCUACGCUCCAAGCUUUACUUUGAUAUAGCCGAACCACUUUAAGAAAGCUAGAGCAUGGAUCAGAGGUUCACAUCUGUAGAUCUGUAUUAGACACAAAAUGCUGGAGUAACUCAGCGGAACAGGCCGCAUCUCUGGAUAGAAGGAAUGGGUGACGUUUCGGGUUGAGACCUUUCUGAAAUGUCAACCAAUCCCGGAGAGUCCCGACCCGAAACGUUACCUACUCCUUUUAUCCAGAGGUGCUGUCUGUCCCGCCGAGUUACUCCAGCAUUUUGUGUCUUAUCUUCGGUGUAGAGCAGCAUCUUUCCGACACAUGUAGAUCUGUUUUGUCCAGUGUUUUGUUUAUGCAGUAAUCGGGUCCUGGCAAUUCUAUUACAAUGUAAUGACUUGAUGAAAGCUAUGUCAAGCAGAGUCACACUGUGCUCGCACAUCACAGCAGCAAGACUAACGUAAACUUUUACUGUUCCGAGCUCCAAAGUUUGUCCUCGGCAUUAUCUUAGCGUAGAAAAUGGAUAGUCUCCUUGCAAAGUAGUACUGCAGUUGUUCCCGUUAAUCACGUUACUUGAGGGAUUAGUUAUUGUAAUUUAUAAUAUUGUUAGAUGGUUUGUAGACUUUUGUCAUGUCACACAAGGAGGAUGUCCUGAAAAUAAAAGCGGAAGUGUUGCAAAAUA